GCCGGCGAGCGGUGCACCAUGCGCGUCUCGACGGCGCGUUGUGGCAAGCGCUCGUACACGUGCCAAGGUACACUGCACGAAACGUACCUUCUCUCCUCCUGCUACUGCUGUGUCCUUUGGCACAACUCUCUGCUUCUUGCUACGCCGUCUGUCUACCCAAGUCUGGCACGCGAGGUUUGAUUCUUGUCACCCUGAGACAUCCCUCGACAAGACAAACAUCGCGAUAGUACAUAGUAUCUGCGUCUCGAGCCUCACAACACGCGCGAGGUGAACACAGCUCCCUCAACCCUAUCCACGCGAUAAAGCCGGGCUGAUCCCUGAGUCUCCCGCUAACGAUGUCAUGUCGCUCUUCUCCGCCCUCUUCACCGCGCUCUACACCCUCGCCGGCCUCUGGGCCCUCAUCCACCUUGCCCUCUGCCUCCUCCUCCCGCACACACCGCGCGUCGAGCUCUCGUACUACCCCCCGCCGUCCGACCGCUCCCCCAUCCUGCUCACCACAACCGUAUUGCUCCUCACCGUCCGCACGACACGCCUCAACGCGGGCGCGGAUGCGCUCGCGGCGUGGUUCGGGAGGGCGCGGCGCGGGGGGGUGCGCAGGGCAGCCAAGGCGAUGUACACCGUCGGCGGGGCCCUUGCCGCGGGCGGGAUGCUCGGGGCGCUCGGCCUGCUCGGGUGGACGGCGGUCAGGUUGGCGGGGCGAGGGCUGGGACGGUGGGCCGUGCAGGGGGCGGCGGUGAACAUCGCGCGUGUAUGGAAGCGGGACGAGCUCCCCGCCACCUUCGCCACGAAGCGGGCGGACUCUGGCAUACCCAUCUACGCUAUUAUACCUGGAGUGACCGUCCCUUUGAGCCACAUCCCUCUGCUCGUCUUCGCCCUCAUCAGCAGUCAAAUCAUCCACGAGGUCGGGCACUUCAUUACCGCUGCACUUGAAAAUGUCCCCGUGCUGUCCGUCGGCCUCUCGCUGAGCAUCGUCAUCCCCUCGGCUUUCGUCGCGCUCUCGCGCGGCGCCGUCCGCGAGCUGCCUGUCCCCGCGCGGCUACGUGUCGCCUCCUCGGGCGCGUUCCACAAUAUCGUACUCUACCUCAUCUUCUCCGGGAUCACGCACGCGCAUAUCGACCGCGCAUUUCUGGGUGCGUUAGGCUACCGAGACGUGUCCGCGUGGGGACGCGUUGUAUCGCACGUUCAACCCGGAUCGCCGUUGGAAGGAUACCUUCCCCUCGGGUCGAUCGUAACGAAGAUCGAUGACGACCUGCUGUCGAGCGUCACCGACAACCACGACGCAUGGACGGCGCUCCUCUCGCAGCCAGACGUGCGCAAGGCCACCGAAGAGAGCGAGGACGGGUGGCUGGGCUGGUGCGUGGACCGCCGAUGGUUCGUAGAUCAACCCGCCGCCUGCUGUUCUCCAGAGACGGCAUCCCGGAACGCGACAGCAUGCUUCGUCGCGUACCCGCCGCUCGCACUCGAGCGCUGUGUCGACCCCGUGCCCUACCUCGGUGACUCCGUCGAGGCACCCAUUCACAUGCGCUGCGCGUCCGCCGUAGAAUGCAGCGCGGACCACGUCUGCGUACGCCCGCGCGACGACCAGGCGCUGCUCCGGUUGACGGUACACCUCCCCGCGUGGGUCACACCAAACGCCCAUACAUCAGACACGACAGUCGUCUGGAACGGCCCGCGCGCCGAGAUCCUCGAGGAAGGCACCACUGACAUCCACCCCAUAGUCGGAGUGACAACGUACGCCCCGCGGCUGCGCCUCCUCCCGCUCGCCCUCCCGGGCCUGCUCUCCGCGCUCACGUCCUACUUCUCCGCGCUCAACCUCUCGCUCUUCCUCUUCAACCUCCUCCCGCUCUCCUUCCUCGACGGCGCGCCCUGCGUCUCUGCGUUCUUCGACAUCGCCGUGCUCGCCGUCUCCGGCCCUGCGUCUGCCGCGUCGCUGGGGCCCGCGCCCGGCGACGUGGAGCUCGGUGCGCUCGAGGGCGGCGGGAGCCCGUUCGAGCGGUGGCAUAUGCGCUUCGACGUCCGGGCGAGGUGGAAGCGGAGGCUGGAGAGGGGGCUGCACUUGCUUUCGGCAGGGCUGGUGGGAGUGUGCAUGCUCCUGGGGAUGAUAGUGGGGCUCGGCGGCUGAAGGGGACAUCCGUGGUGUACUUGUCGUAUCAAUAUGGACGGCUGUGAUUUCUCUGUCUUGUGACGCGCUUUCAUAACAUGCUUUGCAACGUACGUGUUCUGUAGCUCUCACAUGUAACGAACAGUCCUCGAUAUCAAUGAACGAAUGGGUAUGGCGAAGGGUCCCAUCAUGCAAAA